CAAUCACCACUCUCCUUUCAGUCUUUGCAUAUUGCAUUUUUAUCUUUUUAAUAUACUAGCCGAUGAUAUAAACACUCACACUCCAUGCUCCGCCAGGCCGUACAAGGGGCUCGGUGGUAUCAGCAUGUGGCCCGCAGAAGCCCGUCGGUUUCGUCUCUUCCUCGCCCGCGAACAUUUUCGAUCGUAACGCCACGCUCCCUUAACUUUGGCGGACCAGAUGAAAAAGUCAAUUUCUAUGAACAAGAUACCAAAGGGAGCAAAACAAGGAGAAGAGUCGAUCCGGAAGCUGAAGAUCAAGCCGACCGGAAAGAAGUGGAAGAUGAGCUCUCCAAGUUGGAGCGGGAACUGCAGGAGCUAAAGGAGGGCCCUUUCACUGCCAACAGCCCGUUUAUGAAGAGCUUGCCAGAGAAGGAUAGAGCCGUCGCUCUUGAAGCUCUACGUCAGCAUGCAGCCAGGAGGGGUAAAGAAGAUGCUGGUGUUGGGCUAGAGAGUAUUUUCGACGAAGAGCUAGAUGAGAUGCUGAAGGAGGAAUUCGAUAGCCUGGCUAAAGAGGAGGAGGAUUGGGGUGAAGAAGGGGAACCCAAGGAUGCGCAAGUGCCGAUGGCCAAGAAACCCUACGAGGUCGUGUUGAGAUUCUCGGAGGCCAAUUCAUACGUGGACAAGUUUAAUGAAUGCCUUAGGAAGUUCGCGCAUAACAGUUCGAACGAUCCACUUAGACACGAACUGUGGAAAUGGUAUCGUCGUUGCAAACAAGUCGCCCCAGGAUUUCUUGAAUCGAUGCCCGAAGAAGCGAUAAGUUUAGUAUGGGACUCGCAAACCACCGGGGAGGCCACAGGGACAUCGCGAACAACCCAUUUGCAGAUGGUUGCAGAAGAUAUAAUGUCCGUCGGCAAAUCUCUCUCGACUCCGCAUAUUCUCGCGUACAUCGAAUCCCUUCAGAACAGUGGCAAAACGAACCAAGCACUGGAUCAAUGGGAGGCACGUCAAGCAGAACUCUCUCAAAGAAAGGAAGAUUUGGAGGCAUAUUGGAAUUUGGGAGUACGGCUUUUUGCCGCUGCAGAGGAUCCUCAGCGAGCUCAGGACAUUGCUCUUGCGUUUUUAGCAAACGACAAGUCACGCCAGUCUCGUGUUCUCAUCCCAAUCAUCACGGCCUGGGGGAGACAGUCUGGAAAGGAAGCGGAGAUAAAAGCUUGGGCAUUAUAUCUGCAACUAAAAACUUUCCUUGGUUCUCAGAUGACUAUGGGCGACUAUGAUCAUAUCAGUAUUGGCCUCCUCAAGGCCAAUCGGCUUCAUCUCGCCAUUGCAGUUUUCAAAGAUAUGAUGGUCACCGGCCAGGAUCCAGCAAAUGACUCGACUGCCCUGUACAAGGCAGCUUUGGGUGUGGCCGGCAAUCUCCAUGCGUCCAGCAUCAAUGAAAAAGAUCUGAACAAAGUAUCUCUCUCAGCGCUUACGAUGUUGCCACGGCGGUUCCAAAACAGAUUUUUCUAUGCAAGCUGGAUGAAAAAACUAAUUGGAAUGGGCGAAGUGGACUCAGCUGCAUCGGUAGUUGAGCUGAUGUACGAGCGAGGCGUCAAACCAGACCCAAAGCACCUCAACGGUGUGAUUGCAGGCUGGCUCCGAGAAGGAAGCUUCGCUGCCCGUGAUAAAGCCGAACGGUUAGGAUGGGCCAUGAUUCAGCAGCGGAUUGACACUGUUUGGGCAAGGGCGGAAUUAUCUGGAAGUCCUCCCCGGUUGUCUGCGGCUCAAGGAUCGGGCAAUGCUCGUAUACCGAAGUUCAUGCAAAGGGUAGUGCCUCCCGCGAACAUCGAGACUUUUUCAAUCCUUCUCCUUCACUAUACUCGAAGGAGCGAUGAUGACAUGAUCAAAUAUCUGGUCAAAUGCCUGGGAGAUGGACGUAUCCAGCCCAAUUCCUACUUCAUGAACCAUCUCUUAUACGCCGAGUUAAGGAAACAAGACGUCCGUUCUGUUUGGAACAAGUUCAAGACCAUGACCGCUUCCAUCAAGCCCGACCUAGAGACCUACGCCUGUCUGUGGGACUGCGGAAAGCUCCAGUAUGAUCGGGGACGAACAGCAUUUGACGCAGGAUUCCCAUCCGCCCGCGGCCUCUAUCAAGAAAUGAUGCAGUGGUAUUCCCAGCUGACACCACGUGGAAAAUCAUCUACCCAAGAGGAUUUCUCCAAAGAACUAUAUGAUCAGAUUGUCCGUUGCUUCUGUCUUUCCAAAGAUCUCCAUGGUACUAUUGUCGCACUCUAUUCGAUGGGAAUGACAUUUAGCAUCUUCCCAGACGAAGUCACCGCUCGGUCCAUCAUUCUCCAAGUAGCACGCAUGGCUGGCGUACCCGCAGAUACGCCCAAGCGUCGAUUGCGUCGACUCUCGUCCACCCCGAAGAGCAAAGAAAACAUUGCUCAAGUCAACCGACUCGUGGAGAUUCUGAGCGAACGCAAAGCCGCAGCUCUUCAAGCGCAAGGGCUGAGCCCCGAGCACCUAGACCCACAAGAGAAACAGCACUAUCAGCUCGAAAUCUUGGGUGAUCUGCUACGAGCCGUGAUGGGCCGGACAGCCACACACCCUGAUCAGGUCGAAGGCCAAAUCGCAACAGCCGCAGCAGAGAUGGGGGUUUCCGGGAUUGAUCUCGGAUCGCCACUGAGGAAGGAAGAUGGUCUACUUCUUUAGUUUGCCUAUUGCAAUUUCUUGGUCCAUGCCUGUGGCAUGCAUUCCGAUAUCCAGGCUGAUCUUCAAGAGUAUCCUUGUAUAUUUAAUUUAUUGGCGUAGCUAGGUGUCAUCCAAGCAUACACUGGCGUUUUCGGAGGUGAAUAUAUGAACAAAAUGGCUCUGAUGUAUAUUAGAACAAAUAAAUGAUGACUUCUCUCUGAACAUUCAAACUUGAAAGGAGCAAGAUGAAGCUUCGCAGCGAUUG